UGCGAUCUGGUCACUAACUCUAGGCUCAUUUGCCUGAGGGCAGCACUGUGGUGGGACUAAUGCUUCUCAGAGGAAAAAGAUGGAGAAUUAUCUCUUCCCUCAGGAAUUCCUUACUGAUAGUUGGCUGAGCUCCAAUCCCACUACCUGGGCAGUUAAUACCAUCCUUGCCUUUGUAUGGGGACUGGGGCUCCUCUUCCUCUUACUUUCCUAUUUCCAGCCUGAUCUGUCCUCACGACCACGCAAGAAACAUAGGAAGAGCAGGAAGUACCAUGCAGAGCCACGGAGAAGAAGCAAGAGGGGAAGGAGCAAGAAAAACCAGACUCUGAAAGUUUUCAGAGAUUGCCUACAGGAUCUGGAAGAGGUUCAGGACCUGUUCUCUCUUCUGCAAAGCCACCUGUCGAGGCUCUCCGACCAGGGCGGCUUUCACCAGUUCUUACAUCAAGCAGCCCCUGGGCAGGUGCGCCGAGGGGCACCAGCUGGAGCCAGUCAGCCAUGCAGGGAGCCUGUGGAAGACGCUGCUCCCACUGUGGCCCCAUCACCUGCCCACGCUCCACUGACGGGCCCCCCUUGGCCUCUGGCUUCCACCCUGCCAUCAGGACCAAUGACGACCUCAAUUUCUGUCGGUUCACAGUCCUCCCUGAGUACUUCCUGGCCAGCAGAGCCUUUCCUCCCCCCGGAUGGCUUUUCACACCAGCCCCUUGCUCUUCCUCCUUCCCCGCCAUGUCUCCCUCCUUCCGAGGCCUCCCCUCGGCCUCUGACAGCCUCCUUGGACCCAGAGCAGCCGGAUUCUCCUUUGACUCUCCCUCAGUGUGACUCAAGGGCACCCCUGCCGUGCCCUAUCCCACAGAGCUCAGCUCCACACACACCUUGGUCAGCUGACAGGACAGCUCCUGGCCCAGCCAUCUCGGGCCUGGGCCGCUCACGCUACCCCAUUUCGGCCCUGUCCUGGUGGCAGGCAGCUGCCAAUGCCUGGAACCUGUCCACCUCAACAUGCUUGGAGUCCCGUCAAGCGCCCCUGUCUGGCGGCCCACCAGAGGCCUUGUUCUGGGGAGACCCCAGACACAGACAGGGAGAGACUAGGAUCCCCCCUCUCAAUAACCCGGACAUCCAGAAGCUUCUGGAGAUACUAACCGCCAAGAGAACAGAACUGAAGUUUUGGAAGGAGAAGGAAAAGAAGGAAAGGUCAAAAUACCAGCUGACGUCUUUUGGAAGAAUGCUCAAGUCCCCAGGUGAUGGGCAGGACACCAUGGGCUGCCCGUCCUUCUGGAGCAUCAGCGGCAAAGCGAAACAGCUGUUCGGUGCUGAGAAGCCCCCACAUCCCAAGAUUCCAGGGGACAGUUUGGAGCAGAAAUGCAGCCAGCUCUUCUGGGGUCUCCCCUUUCUGCACAGCGAGUCCCUGGUGGCCACUGUUAGGGUGACCGAUCCCCCACUGGAGCUCCCAUCCAUCAUAUUCAAUGAGCUCUCUCAUGCCUUGCCGCUCCAGAUUCAGGCCAGCGUGACUCCAGGCCUCUCCCUGACCCAGGACGUACAAGACCCUUCAGCCCCACCCCAACCCUUGACCCAGAGCUUGUCCCAGUCCCUGCCCCUGCCUCUGCCCCAGCCCCUCCCUCUGGAUCAGACCCAGCCCCGGCCCCUCCCUCUGGACCAGCCCCAGCUCCCACCUGUAGCUCAGCCCCAGACCCAGGCAAGCCUUGCACCCUCUGUCCCAGUCGGACCGCCUUCUCUGCCACCCAAGAUGGGGAGCUGCGAGGUGUCUUGCCCUGUAGCCCAGAAGACACCGUCUUACGUGUCAACUGCCCUUCAGAACCUGGAAUGUCACUUCCUGAAGAAGCAACUAGAAAGUGACAAGGUACCCGCUGUGGUGAAAAGAUCUCAGGAAGUCUUUAGCCGAGGUCCUCCCAACCUUCCACAGGGUGGGCAGGCCCCUAAGGGCCAUGGGUCAGACUCUGUCCUUCCUGGGAACUUGAUCGACUCUGAGCUCCGGAAGCAACUGGAGUGGCACCUUUGGAAGAGGCUCAUGAAGCAAGAAAGGGGCCCGCCCUGCAGGAUCCAUCUAUCCCGGAAGAUACAGCCUCACCAAGAGUUCCAGAAGGUGCCCCAGGCACGCAACUGGCACAGCCCCACAUCCGAGUCUGAGUCUACGGAUGGAAGCUGCCAGGCCACGCAGAAGACUGGGUCCAGGUACCCAAGAAGGACCGUGCCAGGAAAAAGCCUGGGCAAGGAUUCAAGGUCCGGUGCAGGGAGGAUCCAGAAAGAUCUACACAGGGGCGUGACGAGCUCUUCAGGGAAGGCUCCAGGAAGAAAUCGUGAGAAGUCAGACACAGACUUGAAGCCCUCCACAAGCAGCGCAGAAGAGAAACACCCAGAAAAAGACCGUCAAGCCCAUUUCAGGAAGUUGGGGCAGUCCAGAGAGGGUCAGGUCCCUUCCCGGCUCACUGCCCACCACGCCUCGGACCUUCCUGGAAAGCCAAGCCCUCAUGGGAAACCUGGAAAGCCAGCACUUUCCAAGUGUUGGGAACCCUGCAUGACCACUUCCCAUGAUUUUUCCAUCCUCAGUCCAUACGCUCAGCGGAUGCUAGAAGCACAUAUCAUAAGGUUUAGGGUGAAGCACCGGUGGGGCCUCCCCCUCAAGGUUCUCAAGCCUAUAAACAUCUUCAAGUUGAAGAAGGGCUUCCUCCUCUCCCGGCCCUCCCCUCCCCGCUCAGCCAUCUUUGUAUCCAAGGCCGGCUCAGGGACCAAGUUUGUGGGAAAUCCUCCUCAGCCCUAUCAAGGAGAGGUGAUGAAAGAGUCUUAUCCCACCUGGGGGAGUCCCCUUGGUGCUCCCCAGCCUACAUGUAAGGAAAUCCAGCAAACUCUGGAAGGGACCUCACCAGGGGGUGGCCCUCCGGCUGGACAGGAGACCAGGCCACCUUCUCAGACCUUCACAUACAGCUUUGUGGGCAGAAUCUGGCACAGUGAGAUUGCCUCAAGGACUCUUAUGAACAGCACCUUGGAGGGAAGUCCAAGUCCAGCAAUAGCCACGAAGGAGCCAAGAAGGGCGAAUGGGGGUUGGGCCUCACGGGAUGUGACCGUGCUAGAACUCAGCUUAGAGCCCCAGGAUUUGAGUGCCAAAGAGCCCGGGGAGGUUGAGGAGGCCCCUGCCUGGGGAGUCACUUUAGAACCCCAUGUGCUGGACAACAACCAAGGCCUCUCUGGCGAGCUGAGAAGAUCGGGGUCUUCAGGGGACAGCAACAGCCCCCUGCCAUCUACUGUGUUGGUCACCCAAGACCCCGAAGAGCUAUGUGUUGAGGCUCGGCACAGCGGAUCGGAGCCCCAGAAGUUGAUGGAGUCAGAGAACCGGCCUCGGGCCGCCAGCCCCACUGUGCUCCUUCAAGACUGUGAGACUGGGGUCCUCCUUCAAGACUGUGCCACUGAGCGUCUCCUUCAAGACUGUCAGUCCAACGUUUUCCUCGCUGCUGACGUCUUGGCUUCUCAGGGAUGUCUGUCUGGCUUCCAGAGCAGGUCCAGUGAAGAGACAUCUACUUCCCAGGUGCCACGUGGCCAAAGAUCCCGUGGCCAGAGCCCCCUCAGGCAGCCGGGACCCCUGAGACUGAAACACCAAUGUAAGAGCCGGAGCAGAUCAUGUGUCCCCCACGAGGAGAGAGAGAGCUCCAGGAGGUCCCCCUCGAGAGAGCCUGCCAGAGGGUUGUCAGAAUUGAAGCUCCUCCAGAUCAGUGAGGUGAGACGCCCUGUCCAGAGCCAGGAGUCAGCAGAAGCUUCGGGAAGCAAGACCUGUGAGAUCUCACUGAAGAAGGAGGCAGUGCCUCCGGAAAACUACUUCAGGAGAAGGAUGAAGCACCUGCUCCAGUGGUUCCUUCCCAGUAGAGGCAAAGGAUUGGAAGAUUCCCUUCAAAAGGGCAAGUCUUCGUCAUCCCAGGGCCGGGGACAAGCCACAGGCAGGUCGGCCAUGGACAGCACUUCUGCCGAGGCUCAGGUGGUCGUGACUGCUGUGGGGCAGAUCCUAGAAGAGAAAAUGGUGCCUCACCAGGGACUCAGGGCCCCGGAGUUCAGCUGGUGCCAGAAGGAUCUCCAGGCUUCGGCACGCCCAAGUGUCUGCUACCACAGGGUCCUCUCCUACCAAGAGCAGAGGAGGGUGAUGAGGGAGACGGCCAGCCCACAGGGCACCCCCAGGGGCCGCAGCUAUGCCAACAAGACCGAGUGGGUCGUGUGGCCCUUCCCCGCCAGGGUGCCGGGGGCCCCAGGCAGACCCUGCCAGUGCGGGUCCCUGGUGCCAGGCCCUUCAGGCCUCACCCUAAAGCCACAUUGCCCCAGGCACUGCCUCCUUCAAAGAUACAUCACACCGGGCCAACCACUCUGUGCUGCUCACGCCUUUCCUAGGAGGACAACUUUCCUCCAAGAAAAAACGCAAACGGUGCAGAGAAAAACUUUUUUUUCUCACAUUAGCACAUCCUCUAUGGGCUAAUGGCUUCUCCAUGCCACAAUUACUUUGCUUCCCCAAAAUACAUGUU